AUGAUACUGAUUUACAGAGGGCUAGACAUUGUAACCGCUAAGGCUAGUCAACGUGAAAGAGAAAUGGCGAAACAUCACCUUUUGGAUAUCUUGGAACCACAUCAGAUGUUUACUGUUGUGGACUUCAGGAACAGAGCACUCAAAAUUAUUGGGAACCUAACUGAACAGGGCAAAGUUCCCGUCAUCGUUGGUGGUACAAAUUACUAUUUAGAAUCUAUAGUAUACAAGAUACUAGUAGAAGAUAUGGAUGAUACUGAAGCCUUGCUUUGGGAUAAGAGUAGAAGGAAAAGAGAUAUUGAUGAUCUUGAAAAAGAUGAACAUAUUGAAGCAAAAAAGGUAGCAUCGGCAAGUGAAAUAGCUAUCGAUGAUACUCCUACGACUUCUGAUGAUAAAAUGAUGGGUAAUAAUUCUUAUGUGAGUGUGGACGAAACUAAGAGUAUAAGCAGGCAAGAAGUGCAAGAGACCGUAGAUCAUGAAAAUAACUUUACUAAUGACGAAAUCCAUGCUAAAUUGAAAGCGAUUGAUCCAGUAAUGGCGGGUAGACUGCAUGUCAAUAAUAGAAGAAAAGUUUUGAGGUAA